GUGAGGGAGGCGGGACAAUAGUAGCCUUCCUGACUCUGAACUACACAGGUGGACCUCUCUGAUAUUCACACACUCACCCAGUCUUUCAGCUACAAAGUCUCCAGUUCCAUACGUAGGACUCGGGGAAGCUUAUAGAGGAAGCAUCAGUAUACCAAGAUAUACAGUGUCUUCUUAGGUGUAUUCUUGGCGUCCCAGUGUUUCCUCCCGUGCUGCUGGUGGUGGUGGUGGUGGCGGUGUGUUUUGUGUUGUGAUUCUGGCACGUCUUCCUCAGGUGUGGUGAGAUGAGCCGCAACGCUGCCUACCCUCAAUUCCUCCGGGCGCAGAGCGUGGCGGUGGCCGUGGUCGUGGCCUUCGCGCCGCUUCUCGCAGCGUGCCUGCAGCUGAGCGGCGAUGCUGAUGAGAACCACUUCGUCAUGUUUCCUGGGAAGGCCACCUGGGGUCCCAGUCCACUAGCAGGGGGCAGCCUCGCCGCGGGCACGGGAUCUCCCUUCGCCAAGGUGCGGUCGCUGCUCAGGCCGCGAGACACCAAGGCCGCGUCCUCCUCAGUCGCCGUGAAGGAAGUCAAGGUUGGGUUCCCGCCACUCUCCACGGAGCCCAAGCCGCUGUCCCGCUCCCAGCGACGCCCCCGCCCCAACCCCACCUCCGCUGGAUACACAGUGGCGGCGUCUCCACUCUCCUCCGCGGGGCCCCUGGUGAUGUUGAGGGGCGGCAUCAACGGUGACUCCCCCUUUGUGCUGACCCGCCUCCGAACAAAACGAUUCAGGCUCACCAAGCGCCUCAACUAAGUCCUCUCGCCACGCCCACCACCACCACCACCACAGCCACACCCAACAGGGGACAGCGGCGCCGCAGUGUGAAGGGUGAAGGGCGCGGCUAGACUAGAUCCUGUGGGCGUGGUGUAGCGGCUGACUCCUCAACUCAUUCCAAGCGUGCGUGGUGGCUGGGUGAGGAUGGGCGGUGCCGAGGACAAGGCACCGCUGUGGAGGUCACGUGGGGGCGAGUUCCCUCCUGUAGCAGCUGAUUGUUUGCCUCCUUGGUCUGGGACAGUCUGCCGCUUGCUUUCUCUCUCUCUCUCUCUCUCUCUCUCUCUCUCUCUCUCUCUCUCUCUCUCUCUCUCUCUCUGUCUCUCUCUCCGCAGUGAAACAAUGAAACAAGCAAUGGUCGUGUGGUAGCAUUACUUUACAAGGACCGUAAUGUUCUGUGAGAUCUGAGACACGUUUCCUGUUUUGCCUCAUGCUUUACAUUUCUGGAACUCUCGGUGUAUAUUGUGCGUGAAGCCUUUCGUUGCUACCCUAUUAUAUUGAUGUACGUUUAUUACCUAUUUCAACUUAUUCUAACAAAACCUGGUGGAGCAUAAAGCAGGUGUGUGAUAGCCUCGGUGUAGCGCAGGUGUGGGAGAUGUAUCAGAUGUGUCUUGUCUGUAGCCACCACACUUACACACCUGAGAGAGAACAGAAGAGAUUAAUCAUGGUCAGCAGUCGAGUAACACAUUACACUAAGUUCUGCUGUGUUUUAGCGUUGCUCCGUAAAUCUCAAGUCCUCUCGUCUGCUCGGAAUCGAUCACAAAGGGAGACUGAGUAGAUCAGGUGACUUAAAGAUUAAAAGCUGCAUUCUAAAACGUUUUCGCGUCUUAUCUCAUCUUACACAAUCAAAGGGAAAUUACAGGGGUUUUCAAGUGUGUUUUCAUGAUUCUAGGUUGGGUUUCACAAGGUUUAAGUGGAGAAAAGUAUCCACGAAAAUAUUACCCCAUGUGACCUUUGAAAACCGAAUGAGAGAACAAAGGUUUAAGGAAUACGUACAUAAGGGCUUCAUUUUGUUUAUUGGUAUAUGAGAGAAUCUGGCCAAGGGGAAAACAAUGUGGUAAAUAAAGGUCUACCAUUGAAGGUGCUAGCCAAUAAAAAAAGAAAGGACAAUCCGAAAGAGUCCGAAAGGAAAUCUAUAUGGAAAAUUAUCUUUAACUCUCAAUCUUGAAGGGAAAAAAAGAAUAGUAAUAAUAAGGAUAAUAAAGGAGGACGCAAAUAAUACACAGCAGAAAUAACUGGAAACUUUUACUCUUUCUUUCUCCCCAAGACUGUGCGCUGCUUUGUGUUCACGUCCAGGCAGUAAAACCUCAAAUUAAUGUAAGGCAGUGGAAAUUUAAAUACCAGAAUGUGUAGUUUAAUUGUAAGUGCAAAAACUGUAAUGGAUUUCUUUCUUCCUUUCUUUUUUUUUCUUCUUUUAAAUGUUCCGUGUAGGUUUAUGAAACACUAAUGUCAGCGAGAGAGUCUAUUUUUCAAGGUAAACACAGGAAAUUAUGACU